UUUAAGCUUGAUUUCAAAAGCCGCCAUUCGCUCGUGCUCUCGGUGGCAUCAGUAGUUUUCAAGGCAUAAGCAGUGUUAAAUUUGAAAAUAAAAUUAAAAUAUGGCUGACGAUCAGAACCGCGGACGCCGGCGUCAAUUCAAUGAAGGCGAACCGUCUUCAUCUCGUAGAGGCAGCCCUAUGCAGGAACCAAGGUCAAAAAUAUUUAAAGGACCUUCGAGAUCUGAUCAGCCAUCGGGAUCGCGAGCUCCCCCAGAUGGAGAUGGAGCUGGCAGGCAAGGAAGACAAGAGGGAGAAAGUGGAGGAGACCGCCGACCACGGGGCGAUCGCUUUGAUUUCGUUAAUACUCGUCCGGCUGACAUAUUAAGCAAGAAGGGGACUGAGGGGCAGCCAAUAAGUCUGCAAACUAACUUCUUCCGUCUAAAAACGAAGCCGGAAUGGCGUAUCGCCCACUACCAUGUACAAUUCGAGCCGAGUGUUGAGAACUCACGCGUCCGAAUGGGAAUACUUUCGGAUCACGCCAAAGUUCUGGGAUCAGGCUAUCUAUUCGACGGUCUGCAAUUGUUCACUACGCGGAAAUACGACAAGGAAGUAACAGUGCUGCGCGGAAAGUCAAAGUUUGAUAUCGAAUACACAAUAACGGUCAAGUUUGUCGGAUUUAUAUCGACCGUCGAGCCUCGCUUUUUGCAGGUUCUAAACUUAAUUUUGCGGCGUUCUAUGAAGGGUCUUAAACUGGAAUUGGUUGGGCGAAAUCUCUUUGAUCCCCAUGCAAAGAUUCCAAUCCGAGAGUUCCAAAUGGAACUCUGGCCGGGCUAUGAAACCUCGAUCCGGCAGCACGAGAAGGAUAUUCUCUUGUGCACUGAAAUAACUCACAAAGUUAUGCGAACGGAAACCGUCUAUGACAUACUGCGACGUUGUUCACAAAAUCCAUCCCGGCACCAGGACGAAUUCCGUGUAAACGUCUUGGACUUGGUCGUUCUUACGGAUUACAAUAACAAAACUUACCGCAUUAACGAUGUGGAUUUUGGCCAAACACCAAGGUCAACGUUUGAUUGCAAGGGAAAGACUGUCAGCUUUGUGGACUACUAUCUGACUAAAUACAACAUUCGUAUCCGGGACCAUAAUCAGCCUUUGCUAAUAUCGAAGAAUAGGGACAAGGCUCAGAAAACUAAUGCCAGUGAUGUGGUGGUCCUUAUUCCGGAGCUUUGCCGAGUGACUGGCCUCACCGAUAAUAUGCGCUCUAAUUUUCAACUUAUGCGAGCUAUGUCUGAGCAUACUCGUAUGAACCCAGAUCGACGCAUCGAUCGCCUGCGAAAGUUUAACCAUCGCUUGCAAAACACAACCGAAAGUGUAAAGGUCCUUAGAGAUUGGAAUAUGGACCUUGAACAAAAUCUAACUGAGCUCAAAGGCCGCGUAAUUUCGGCUCAGAAAAUUGUUUUCCAAAGCGGAAAAACUAGUGCUGGCGAUAACGCCGACUGGACACGAUCCUUCCGAGACAGUCGCUUGCUUACCACUCCCAGGGAGGGCCUGGAUCGUUGGGUGGUUAUUGUCCCUGAACGAAAUUCGUACGACCUAAGAAAUUUGUUGGAAAGCAUGCUCAGGGCGGCAAAUGGAAUGGGCUUUCACAUUAGAAGUCCUGAAGAAAUGAAGAUUUAUGAUGACCGCACAGCUUCCUAUAUACGAGCUAUGGAUGACUGUUGUCGCAUGGAUCCCAAGCUUAUCUUAUGCCUGGUUCCGAAUAACAACGCUGAAAGAUACUCUGCAAUCAAGAAGAGGGGAUACGUUGACAGAGCCGUGCCCACUCAAGUUGUCACGGUUAAAUCGGCAAAGAACCGCGGCCUCAUGAGCAUUGCCACCAAGAUAGCAAUUCAGUUAAAUUGCAAGUUGGGAUAUACUCCCUGGAUGAUUGAGUUGCCUCUGUCCGGUCUGAUGACCAUCGGAUUUGACAUUGCCAAGAGCACGCGUGACCGCAAGAAGGCAUACGGCGCCUUGGUGGCAUCCAUGGAUCUGCAGAGAAACUCAACGUACUUCAGCACUGUUGCGGAAUGCAGUGCCUUUGAUGUUCUAGCCAACAACCUUUGGCCAAUGAUAGCAAAGGCCCUGCGGCAGUAUCAACGGGAACAUCAGACCUUACCGACCCGUAUCCUCUUUUAUCGUGACGGUGUUAGUUCUGGCUCUCUUAAACAACUUUUUGAGUACGAAGUCAAGGAUAUAGUGGAGAAGCUCGAUGCCGAGUACAAGAGAGCCAAUGCAGGAUCCCCAAGCUUGGCAUAUGUGGUGGUUACUAAAUCAAUGAAUGUUCGCUUCUUCCAGAAUGGACGUCAGAACCCGCCGCCGGGAACGGUGGUCGAUGAUGUGGUUACUCUACCAGAGAGAUACGAUUUUUAUUUGGUAUCGCAGAAGGUGAACCAGGGCUCAGUAUCGCCGACCAGCUAUAAUGUUCUAUAUAGCAACAUUCGCCUAAGCCCAGACCAGAUACAGAAAUUGACCUAUAAGAUGUGCCAUCUGUACUACAAUUGGUCGGGAACCACGCGUGUGCCAGCAGUAUGUCAGUAUGCCAAAAAACUGGCCACCCUUGUCGGGACUAACUUACACGCCAUUCCUCAGAAUGCUUUGGAGAAAAAGUUUUAUUAUCUAUAAUUAAAAGAAGACAAAAAUGGACAGAAAGUCUGGAGUAAGCUACAAAAAUGUGUAGCUUUUAUAAUUUCCUUAACUUUAUCAAAGUUAUUCCUAAAGUUUGCUAUAUACUUUCCCUUUUCAUUGUAUUUCUAUAAAUACAAAUGAAAACAAA